CCCUUCCACCUUCCGCUCUGCCACAAUCGCAGAACGCACAGCAUUAGCGCGCAAGGGAGAACCAGCAGAUCUCUCGCCACUCACAGUCCUCGGUAGGGUCGCAGCGUUGAGCGCGGGAGUGAGGAAGGAGGGAAGCCAUGACGGAGCUGUUUGACACGGCCGUGACCAGCCUCCUCCACCUGCCGGAGGUGCUCGACCGCCUCGCCGCCGCGGACGGCGACCGCCGCUCGGGCGGCCACCACGGCGCGCACCAUCACGGGCACGCGCGCGUCCACGGCCUUGGCGGCGGCGGCGGCGGCGCGCCGGUGGACAUAGUGGAGACCCCCGGCGAGUACGUCUUCCUGCUCGACGUCCCCGGCCUCUCCAAGUCCGACAUCCAGGUGACGCUGGAGGAGGACCGGGUGCUGGUGAUGAAGGGCGGCAACAACAACAACGGGAAGCGGAAGCGCGAGGAGGAGGAGGAGGACGGCGAGGGGUGCCGCUACAUCCGACUGGAGCGCCGCGCGUCGCCGCGGUCGUUCGUGCGCAAGUUCCGGCUGCCGGAGGACGCGGACGCGGGCGGCAUCGCGGCGCGCUGCGAGAACGGCGUGCUCACCGUCACCGUGAAGAAGCAGCCGCCGCCGGAGAAGAAGACCAAGUCUGUGCAGGUCACCAUCGCCUGAGCCCCCCCCCAGCCAGCGAGCGAGCAGUCGGUCAGCAGUGGCAGUCUAGCAGUAGGAGUGCACGUAGAAGGUUGGGUGCUCUGUUUGUGUUCGAUGCAGAGUAGGGAGUUAUGGCUGUUCGUCUUUCGUGAUGUCGCUAUGGAACGGAACUGAACGAGUAUCCUAGUGUCAGUUGCAACUGUCGGUGAACUCGCAA